GAAAGCUGUGUAUACUCAGAACAAUGCGGGAUGUUGAAGGAUACAAGGUCCUUGCAUCCGCAGAUCUAUCCGAUCUGCGAAAUAACUUGAAAAGAUUUAUUCGCAAAUAUAACUUUAAAUUUAUCUUAUGUUUGAUAUUUAUUGGAGCUUCAGUAUACGUGCUGGCAAACUAUGAUGUGAAAUUCUCGGCUUCUGGUAUGGACAUGGGAUGUUUGGAUUCUGAGCUGAGCAGGAUUCACCAGAAUCGUGCCAGACAAUUGCAGAUAUUUUCCUUGAACUCAAGCUUGAUUCAUUCGACUGAAAUAGGCCAUGUAAAUCCUAAAUGUGAUUUGCCGUGGUGGGAUGGUGCUCUCGACAACUGUUGGGCAAUUCAAGAACAGUUUAUUGCUCAGAAAAACAAAUCACGAAGCUAUUGCGGCAAGAGGGCGGACUUUGCUGGUCCCAAUCAAAAAGUUCUUUCCUACUGCGUAUAUGGAAAUUAUUCAAAGUACGCGUCUGGAUUUCCCAGAAUUUUAGACGCCAUAAGGAAAUGGUACCCGGGGUGGCUGGUUCGGCUGUACACUGAACCUUCCAUGUACGUCAAAGAACUCAGACCUCUCAUGCUGCAGCACCCAUACUUGUAUUUGUGCGACGUGAGUAACUUACCAGGCGACAUCCCUGACGUCCGCGUGCCAGAUUCCAUGCUGUGGAGAGUAGCAGUCUUGGGUGACGAGACGGUCGACGUGUUCCUGGUUCGAGAUAUAGACGCUGAGAUGUUGUAUCGUGAAGUGGCAGCCGUUCAUGAGUUCUUGGAAUCAGGUAAGAUGCUGCACAUAAUGCGCGAUCAUCCAUGGCAUGGCGUGUCACUUCUGGGGGGAACUUACGGCGUGAACCAGGCAGCCUGCAACCGCUCACUCCUAAAUCUCAUCCGCCGCCAAGUUUUUGACCAACGUCAAAAAAUCAACGAUCAGUCCGUGCUGCAAAUGUAUUUAUACCCCAAGCUGGUUCACAGCUCCAUCUCCCACGACAGCUAUAGCUGCCAACACUUCCCCUCAACUGUGCCCUUCCCAACACAGAGAAACGCCAGCCAGUUUGUCGGCAACAGGAGGUACAGAAGUCAAUUCUCGGAUGAUGUGGUAAAGGCUGAGUGUCCCGUUAAAUGCAGGCCUCCCACCCAUCAGGACUGGAAAUUUUGCUGAAGCGUUGUCCUUGCAUAAUUCACAACACAAACUUACUUCGUUAAAGGUUAAGAAUUUAUUGAGUAUAUAUCCGGAGUUAUUUCAAUUUUGAUGUUACUUUGAUACGCUCGGUAUGUAUAAUUGUUCAUCAGUCAGGUAACAAGUUUGAUGAAGUCAUGUUUAGGAGCAAAUCUCAUGAGCUGCUUCAAUUUCAACUUGAUUACGUAUUGCAUAUUUUCGCACCGGCAAUGAUUUCCUCACUUUUAUUUUAUGGAGUUUUCCUAUUGGUACUGGUACUCUCGAUAAUUAUUAUUUUUCAUUGAAGGCAAAUUAUUGCUAGAAUGCCAAUGAAUGUAUGGAUUAGGUCAGCAGGUAACAGGGAUCAACAUCCGAGACGUUUGCAGCGCUGUAGCAAAGUAAUUGAAUUGAGUUAUACAAGUAUAUGAUAAUCAUGUACGAAAGGCGUAUAUUGAAUUGCCAAUACGAUGGAUACAAAAAUUGUAUCUGCAGGAAACAGAAAUCGUCAUUUCGCAAAUGUCGUGCACUGAUCCAAAAUGUAUAAGCAACACUAUACGACUUGUGCUGGAACGAGAUAAACAUUUUGACAUGACCAAGCUUUUCUUUGAAUGGUGGUAACAAACUAAGUUUCCAGAAAAUUUAUAUCAACUAUGAUGAACUGUUAGUCAUCAAUUAUUACGAUGGAAACAUCUGAAUUACCGUUUAUUUCUCUGAAAUAUGUAUCCUGAUUUUACUCAAAUAUCUGAAAAUUGUGAACUGAUCUCUCAAAGGUACAUUGCUGCCUUGAAUUCUGAUCAUCCCCAGCAAGGUUUGUGUGAUAAUGCUUAAAUUUAAUUAUUAUGUUUUUUAGUUAAUUUCCAUCAUCACGUGCGAUGUAUGUAUUAUUUAUAUUUCCUAGUACGUCAAGCUAGCAAAGUUUCUCACAGCCGAGCGAGAAUGUGUAAUAUAACCUUCUUUAAUUUUCUCUGUCUCAUCAUGCAUAACUAAGUAUUGUUUCGAACGUUUUCGUGUACCCUGUCAGCCGAAUUAAAUUCCUUUGUUAUCUUUUCAAACGUGAUUCCAACUGAACAAAAUAUAAACAAAAUUCUCACGUUGACCAUUAAUAACCUUGUGCAAAUCUGAGGACCUAUACAGAAGUAGAGCGCAACAAUAAUCGUCCUCAGUUUAAGAAAUGAAAAAUACAAUAUGACAGUUAUCUAGGCAAUAAUUACAGGGAAUUCUAUGCACGUGACCUUACGAUUGACCAACCAGUUGUGAGGAUUGGACUGAAGAUGAUGAUCAGGAACUUGAUGUGAAUUGUAGUAAGCUUCCUAAGCGGUGAUUGUAAGUUCGUGGAAAAGCUUUAUUUAUUAAUUAACAAAACUCUCAACUUUGGCACAUUACAAUAAGUCAGUCAAAUUACUCAUACUUUGGGUACAUUUAUCAUCAACAAUUUCGUUAAGUUUGUACGUCCUGAAGUUGUAGGGAUGAAUGGAUGUUUAAAUUGUUAUGGAAACUCGGAGCAAUAUUCACCAUCAUAGGACGAGUGCGAGCAAGGUGCGGGUAUUUCACUUGUGUCAAGCCAGUUGCUGUCAAAGGAUCAAGCUAGUGGAUCUAAGCGUUUUCUGUAGCCUUAUACCUUCUUGUCGUAGACGAUUAGGGUUGCUGUCAGGAUCAUUGCCUUACUGGCAUCGAAAAAAUUAUAAUGUAAAAGAGAGACUGGUUUUUCGACAUUUGUUAUGAGCGUGAGUAAUUUAUUGGUUUAAUGUGAAAAACGGCAAAUAAUAAUCAAAUGAUAAUCUUUGCCUUAACGCUUAAC